CUGUCAUCGGCAACCGAAGUGUGCGCACACACAACAGACACACAGAGCUGUACCAGCGCUCGCACUCACACACACACACACACACGUAGUCUGACACAGAACGAGGCUCGCAGUCCCCCACGCUCAUACAGAAGACUCCUAGAACAACGGAGUAAAGGAUCGCAGGAUCUGGAGAGGAGAGCCUCAUCUGUUAACCAGCGGCCGAGGAGCCCCUUCCCGGGGGACGUUUUCACCAUGAAUCCGUCUCUAAAAAUUAGGACUUAAAUUUUGCCGGUCCUUAUCCUCGGAACUGCUAUUCGUUUGUAUUUUUGCUGCUGAAAACCAGACGAGAUACGGGCGGUGCGAGAUUUUUUCCACCCGAAUCCAAAUCCCUCUCCCUUCUUUAUUUUGGAUUUUGUUAAAAUUGUUGUUUUUGGUGUUCUUGUUGUUGUUAACCUGACCAACAACUAUCAUGCUGAUGAAAGUAGUGUUAAUGUUCCUCCUAUGCUGGGGGUUCACCUCCAGCGAGCCCCCGGUGGCCGCGCCACAGCCCCGGUCACAAACUUUGGAUUUUGGGUUCGUUCCCGCUGGAGUUUACGAAACACUUGCUUAUUACGAACCUGGACCCAUCGGACUCCUGUUUCACAUGGUCCACGGUUUUCUGUAUGUUGUUCAGCCCAACCCGUUCCCGAAAGAUCUCGUCGUCAAAGUGGCCCAGAACAAAUUAGGCUCGGUGCAAGCCGAAUAUCAGAAGCCGGAGAACGUUGUUCUGACGCUGCAGGUGAUGUACUACGAGGUGGGCUUCAUAGUGUGCGCUGCCCUGGGCCUGCUCUUCGUCCUGCUGGUGCCGCUGGUGGGCCUGUGCUUCUGCAUGUGCCGUUGCUGCGACAACUGCGGCGGCGAGAUGCACCAGAGGCAGAGGAAGAACGCCGAGUGCAAGAGGGGAUUCUUCGCCACCCUCCUCUUCACCACCUCCGUCUUCAUCACGGCGGGAGUACUCUGCGCCUACGCAGCCAAUCAGAACCUGAGUUCUCAGCUGAAAGGCAUGAGGAAGCUGGUCAACAGCAACAUGAGAGACCUGCACACGUUCGCCAACCAGACUCCCGCGCAAAUCGACUAUCUGAUUGGGCAGUAUGUCACCGCAAAGAAACGAGUUGUCUCUGACCUAGAGAAUAUUGGGCCUUUGCUUGGUGGUAAAAUUCACCAGGAGCUGGAAAAAGAGGUGAUCCCCGCUCUCGAUGGGGUAUUAAAUAUGGCCGGAGCGAUGCGGGAGACCAAGGAGGCUCUGGAGAACGUGAGCGUGUCUCUGGAGAUCCUGCAGGACGGCUCCAGCAGGCUGGCCUUCAACCUGAGCGCGGUGCGUUCGCGGCUCAGCUCCACCCUCAAAGACCCGGCCUGCGCCCUCGAGGACGCCGCGCCCGUCUGCGCCAGCAUCCGCAGCUCCCUCGCCCAGCUGGGCAUCGGCGCCAACUACUCCAAGUUGUCAGAUGUGAGCGAACAGCUGGCCAGAGUGAACAAUGUUCUCAAGACUGACCUCAGCAACAUAGUUCAAAAGGGAUAUUUGUCAUUUAAUGACACCCCCUACUUGGUGAAGACACAGACACAGAAUAUUGUUGCAAAGGUCAGAAACAUGCUGGAUGAUCUCGGCUCCAACAUCACCAGCUUCUCUAAGACAUUCCCCGUGGAAGACUCCCUCUCCAACUUCAUUAAGUACAUCAGUCACACCCAGUCGAAGAUCGAGGACUACUACCCGCAGAUUGACCAGAUAGACUUCUACAGGUGGAUCUCCUGCAUUGCACUCUGCUGCAUGGUGGUGCUCAUCUUGGCCUUCAACUUCCUGGGUCUGUUCUGCGGAAUUACCGGCUAUGACAAACACGCCUCCCCCACCACCCGCGGCUGCAUCUCCAACACUGGCGGGAACCUGCUUAUGGCGGGCGUGGGAUUCAGUUUCAUCUUCUCCUGGGUGCUGAUGGGUGUGGUGGUCGCCACCUUUGUUGUCGGGGGCAACCUGGAGAAGCUGGUCUGUGAGCCCUAUGAGACUAAGCAGCUGUAUGAGGUUGUGGACACUCCAUACCUGGUGAAUCCUGCCUGGAAGAAUUUUAUUCCUGGCUUCCUUUACCAAAAGCCUGAGAUUGACCUGACUGCAGGAAACCUAUACAGAAGCUGCAAAGACAACCAAGGCAUUUACUCCGCUCUGCACCUGGACAGCAUGUUCAACGUAACGGCCUUCUUGAGCUCUAGCGUGUACACCGAUGACGUGUCGGGCACUAUCAACAAUGUCAGAGUGGACCUGAGCAGCAUUGUCCUAUUGGAGUCUGAGGGGAGACACAACCUCAUCCAGUUCAGCAACACGGGGGUCAACGAGAUAAACUACUCCUUCUACCUGGAAGAGGUCAACAAAGGUGCAACAAUGGUGGACCUGUUAUCAUUUUCCAAUGAGUUGGAAGCCCAGAUUGACAAACUGAAGCGAGGAGCCCUGGAAAGUGCCCUGAGGGGACACGUCAGCAGCAUUCGGCAGAUCCAUAGCCAGCUGGUGGUCCCGAUGGAGCAGUCCAUGGCUGGGAAGAAAUAUGUUAGAGCAAGGAGCACUUUGAAUCAGAGUGCCCUGCUGCUGCAGAAGACAGUCUCUGACCUCCCUAACUCAAUCAACAAUGUCCUUAACGCCAUUGAUGCAGCACAGUUCCUCAUUGCCCAAAACGCAACAUACGUCGUCAAAAAGGAGACUGACACGUACAGGCAGAGUAUUGUGGACUACUUCAAACAAUACACAGACUGGGUGAAGACCUCUCUGGAAAUGGAAGUGGCAACCUGCAAGCCCUUGAGCAACAUCGUGGACACCGUGGAGAUUGUGGCCUGCAGCUUCAUAGUGGAUUCACUGAACACGUUCUGGUUCGGCCUGGGCUGCUGCGCCAUAUUUCUCAUCCCGAGCGUGAUACUGUCCGUCAAGUUGGCCAAAUUCUACCGCCGAAUGGACACGGAAGACGUCUACGACGACAUUGAAACAAUACCCAUGAAAACUAUGGAAAUUGGUAAUAAUGGUUAUCAUAAUGAACGGUUACAAGGUAUCCCAAACCCUGUAAUGACAAGCAUCCCUUCCUAUGACACUGUGACUCGGUUCCCACGGGCCUCGGCUCCGCCCAGGCAUGCAGACUGGUGAGAGAGUGCGGUGGUUUACCGGGUCCAGCAAGUGCUAUUGAUACCUGGAACUGAAUCCCCCUUGCCUUGGAUAUCUAGUUCCUGUAUAACAGGCAAAAUGAAGCAGAAAAAUGAAUUCCUUACACCGGAGGAAGGUCCAUGGUUUUGGACAAAAUCUAAUUUGCCUGGAUCCACCUUCUCCUGGUUGUCCUUUUUCCCCCCUUCUCUUCCAACUCACAAGUUCAGCCACACCCAAACAAAUGUGCCACUCCUGAGAAGAUACUGGUUACAGCACCUGUAAUGGAGUGGUCUUAAAAAGCUCACAGAGCCUUCACUGAUAUCAAACAAGGCCAACCCCGAGUUUCAUCCAAUUCAUCCUGUCCUUCAGCACAGCCUCCUGAGGCAACUGUGACUGAAUUCCUGCUGUCGCUCCCUGACUCAAAAUGAGUGAAUAUGCCAGACAAAACUGUACAUUUUGUACACGUUCAAAAAACUAUGUGUUUUAUAUCUAUUUUUUUUGUUAAUUUUAUUUUUUUUUUUAACUAUGUCCCAUGCGUUCAUUCUUUUACUUGUGUGUGAAUAUCAUAGCGGUUGGAAGGCAGCUGUAGCACUGCUAUAGUUUCUCACGGUCUCUGGGUUUCGCAGUGAGGUGUCUGGUGGCUUCUCACCGCCACAAACACGGCCAUUGCGCUGAGUUUAAGCAGACAAGGAGUUCUCUGGUGUUUUUUUUAAAAAGUGGGAUGGAAAAAUAUGAGAGGAAUUGAAUAUCUUUGUGAACGUGCUGGAAAAAAUGUGUCAAGGUGUGGAAACUGUCCAUGUGGGGACCAAGCAUGCUGAUAAACGAUGAUUUACUGACUGCUGCCUUUUGAAUAUGUGUAUAUCACUCUGAAUGAGUUCACCUUGAGGUCACGGAGAGUAUUUCCUGCCAUUGCACGAUUAAUAUAUCUGUAAUUUCCUUGAAAUAAAAUGGCAGGGAAUUAUCCUUCCGUGUUUUAAGUUUACUACUCCACAGAUUGAAUUUGUAGAUAGGUAAAUAAAGCACUCCUAGUUAUGUAAUAAUGAAUGAUAUCUCAGAACUAUGAGGUUUACUAACAGGUGAUGAGCCAUGCUUGUGGUCAUAGUCAAAGUCACAGAUAAGAAAGAGAACUGCUGUUAAAAAGCCAAAACAUAUUUUUCCCGUAGAGCUCAGGUAUUCGUCAUUCAACUAGGUGCUCAGAAUAACACAAUAAAAUGCAUAAUACACAUCUAUCUCUUUUUUAAGUAAACACCAUAGGAAUUAGGCAGGGUUGAAACUAUAAAUGAGGCUAAUGUAUCAGAGGACUAAUUGUAUCUGACAGACGUGUCAUGUUUAAAAACCUUUGGAAGAAACGGGGCUGUGUUUAACACCCAGCUGUUCCUGAACUACACAAGUCACACAAAUAAAUCCAGACAUUUUUUUUUUUCAAACACAUGAUUUUUUCAGUGUCUUGUGUUUUUAAUUUCUUUGUUCGUGCUGCUUCUGGUAGAGAGAUCUUCUGCUGAACCUUAAGAAAUGUAAUAUAUGCCAUAAACUAUUACACUGAGUACUGAAAAUAAGUACUAGAAUAUUAUCUUGUCACUUUUACAAUUUUCACACACCACUGGUGCUUCGGAGUAAUUUUGGAAGUGGUUAUGAAGUAGCUCAAAGCAUGGGUGUGUUUAUGGCUACUGCUGGAAUUUUCUGUCAUACAUCAUAAGAAAAUACUGUAUAAACUGUGAAUAAAGAUUUCAUUUCAGUGAG